CCAUUUGCCAAUCUAGACGGCUAAAACUUAAUAAAGAGCCGGCUAAUUUUGAUUUGACAAACAAGAACUUGUUGAACGGCAAAAGAAAUUCAAACGAUACGACAUUGCUGACUGUGUUCAAUUAGAUUAAGAUACAUUGGAGUAUGAAGUAGCAGUAGAUGGAGGUACCGAAUAGUACUCGACGUUGCUCAAUAAAUUGGUCUGAUCUCCCUAUUGAAGUUAUUCAGUCGAUUGCUGGAUUUCUCUCUAAAACCAACGAUUUACUGAAUUUUGGAGUAGUGUGCAAAGAAUGGCUUCGUGCAGUUCAAAUUUCCACCUUUCUACCCCACACUUUAUUUUUUGAUGUUUCUAAAAAGCUCAUAUCUUCCUCCAUUUUCAUUCUCUUCCCACCUAAUGCCACUCAAGUUUUUCCUUGGAUGGUCCUUGUUUCUGAGACCACCCAAGGAACAAUCCAAUAUUUUAGCCCCUUUUCCCGAACUCUUAUAUCUUGUUUACCUGAAACGUUUGAUUAUAACCAAUGGCAGCCCACUAAGCUUGCCACCACAUUUCAUAUAAUUGCCAAUGACCACAGCCAGACUCCAUUCUCUUCUCAUUUCGGCAAGUACACUAAAUUGUCACGCUUAUGUCCAUUGGUACGUUCCAUCGAUCAUUACAGUCUCUUGUCUUUAUCCGAUGUUGGUAAUGUGCAUGAAAUUUGGCCAUUUGAGAAAAGAGACCGCACUGCAUCCACAUUAUCCGAAAAGUUUCAAAUUAAUGAUGUUGUAGAGUACAAGAGGUAUACAUAUACGCUACGUAAGAGUGGAGAACUAUUUGCAUUUGGUACAAGUUUUUAUAGUCAUCAUCACCGGUGUUCCAUUUCUAAGGCACGCGGAAUGAAUGCUCGGAGAAAACGUUUAGUAGUGUCUUUAUCAGGGAACAAACUCUACUUGAUUGUACCCAUCAGAAAAUGGGCGACACGUCUCCAAUUGAUAGUUUACAAGUUGAGAGAGUAUAGAACAAGCUCAUGGGUUUGGAGCGAAGUGGACAAUUUUGGGGAUAGUGAUCAGGUGCUAUUCAUCACUAGAGAUAUCUGCUUUUUUGUUGCAGCUGCUAAAUUUCCAAAAUGCAAGCUUAAGAAUUGCAUUGUCUUCUCUGAUGACGCUUUCCCUAUUUGUUCAACGCCUUGGGAUUAUGAAGGUAAAAUUGGGAAUCAAAUAUCAGUUUUUGAGUUGGAUGGAGAUCAUCAAUACAGCUUUCCUUCAACGAUGUAUUCGGGAUUGCAGAACAUCUGUUCUACUUUCGCGCCAUGUUGGGUUUCGCUCAAUGCAUAUUCCCGUUUACAGUCUGAUCAAUCUCAAAGGAUUCCAGAUAAUGAUGCAGAAGGAAUGUUCACAGACUCAUCGGGGAUCAACUCUUCUACCAAAGAGGAUCAAGAUAAAGAGGCAUGUUGUUCUGUAACUGUCAACUUUGAAGGGGUUAAAAUCAACUCUAAGUUGUUGCCAACACUACAAGCGAUUUGGGCAAAACAUGGAAGCCUGAUUGGAAAAGAAACCGUUCGAAGCAAGCCAAUACUAGCUUGUGUUUUGGAGUCAUUGGCAAGGCUCAUCAUUACUCUUCAAAACACUACCGGAAGGAGUUUAACUGAUUCCGUAGUUGAUGACAUCAGCUCAACGUUCUCUGACCUUCAACGCGCAGGCUUGAAAGUGAACUGGUUAGCUCCAGCAGUUGAAAAGGCAUUGAACAUAUAUGAAAGCAGGCCAAAAAUAGAGUCUAUAAUGGUCAAGAGUAAGCGGAAAGCUCAAAUUGAUAAAGAAGUACGGGAGUUCCUUGCUCGUAAUAUUAAGGAGAAGCAAGAACUAGAGGAUGAUAUCGCCUACUUGCGUGCUAGGAUUCCUUUUCCUACAGAGGUAAUAGAUUUGGAUGAUAUAUUGGGAAAUGAACUAAUACCAAGAGUUUAAUUUGCAAGUAAUUUGAUUUUGGAAGCUUUAGAAACUACUAAUGGCUACUUAGGGGAAUGUUUGGCUGUAGCAACUAGCAAGUUAGCAACAUAUUCAACAUAUUUUGUAAAUUAUGCUUUUGGGGUAAAGGAUUGUAAAUUGCAAGCGAAUGUGUUGCAUAUUUUGUGAAAUGUAUUAUGAACUUCGUUAUCAAUUAUCAGUAUUAACUUGAAAGGAGUAAA